AUGUUCGACGGAUUUCCAGAGCUUUCCCGCGUUUUCAACGCUCGAAUGAUCAUCAAUAUUGCGGCCGCUGCCAAUGACGUCCUCUUGGAGCCUGAGAGCUUCGGCCUCUUUUCGAAACACCUCCUCGAAAUCGACAUCAUCCUCACCGAGCUCCAGUCCUGCCACCUCAGCGACUCUCCCAUCGCCCGCCUAGCCUUUGAGUCCCUCAAGUUUGACGUCAAGAAAGUUGAUGCCAUCAUCGACAAACAAGUACAAAAACUGGGUGCGCUUCUACCUCCUCCUCUAGUUUGGUUCGAGACGUCAGCCACGAAAUCAGAAUCUCUUUCUAAGUUGUCUCCAUUGUCAGCGUUGAGACCCUCUCGGGAAUCUCCAGCCGCUAUCAAAAGGCUUCAAGAUGAGAUGCACCGGGCCCAACACGAGGUCUCAUGCUCUCGUGUCGAGAUCGUAGAUAAACUGAAGCAAGGCCUCACGAUCGACCUAGAUUUCACGAACGAUAUGCUGAAGAAGAUUGCGCGGGCCUAUGUGCGAGUGGUUGACAAAUGUCAAUGUCAUCUGUGGAUGAUAAUAAACCUGCAAGUAAGAAUUCCUAUAGAAUUUCAACUCCGUUGGCAAUACUCUGUGUACUUGGGUGUUUUAGAUGUUGGAUUUUCAAUUUUCACUGUGGCAAAGGAAGAAGAGAGAGGCACAACACGUUUGCCUUCUGUAACUCUUUAG